AUGGCUCCCUCUCAUCGUCGAGGACCUUGGGUCCCUGAGGAGGAUCAGUUGCUGCUUCAGUUGGUUCGAGAGCAGGGCCCCAACAACUGGGUCCGUAUCUCUCAACACAUGCACUAUCGGUCCCCUAAGCAAUGUCGGGAGCGGUUCCAUCAAAAUCUCAAGCCCUCCCUCAACCGCGAGCCCAUUUCAGCUGAGGAGGGGCUGUUGAUCGAGCGGAUGGUGAAUGAAAUGGGCAAACGCUGGGCCGAGAUCGCACGGCGACUAGGUAAUCGCAGCGACAACGCCGUCAAGAACUGGUGGAAUGGUAGCAUGAACCGGAAGAAGAGAGGUCUUCCCACUUCUAGCACUACUCACCCAGGCCGAACCUGCAACGGACGAGUAGAGGCUCCGUAUGCGCGGGCUUCGAUGCACACGAGCAGCCCGAUCAGCCGCUCUCGAUUCUCCUCCAUCUCCCAUGAUAGGCCUAUGACUUCAUGGUCAAAAUCGCCAUCUCGGAGAGAUUCAUUAACCACGACCGACUGUGCACGACAGUUAACCCCUAUCUUCACUCUUCCUUCCCUCAACCGUCCCGUGGAAACCCCCUUGACCUCACCUGCAUUCUCAGAAGCCUCGAACACCCUCUCAAUAGAGCCUCCAUCAAUGGUCUCGGAUCACAACUCGGUUUCAUCUGCAUCUCCACGAACUAUCUCCUCGCCACAGCUUCUCUCUCUUCCUAUAGAGACUCGCCAACCGUGUGGCAAUUUUCGCCGACGAAGCGCCUCUUCGCUCCAAACAACGGAAGACGUAUACUAUCCCACUGGUUGCCAAGCUCCCCAGACCCUGGAGCCCCUACAUCGAUGGUGCCCCGAUCGCCAGUCCUGGCACCAGCAUUCUGCUCUGCUACCGCAGACGUGGCUCAUGUCUUCGGAAGGACCUCGACCAGAGACUAAGGUUGAAGCCCCUCGUGACUCUCGCAUGGGUCUCGACAACCUACUGAAUUGA